GGACUGCUUUACAUAUAGCCUCCUACCGCGCUGCCCCUAGCCUUGCGCUCGUCUUCCUCUUUCACAAACACGCCGUUAUCUUUGUGCUAAGGCAGCGCGCUGGAUUAACUCGACUAUUCCAUCGUUCGGUGUGGACUCCGUGGACAGCUAAGAAGCAAGCUUUUGAGUGAAGAUGAGCUCUAUCUCGGGUGACGAUGACUCCAAGAGUCCCCAAGAUGAGUUGAAUGACUUCUGGGAAAAUCUCAUCACCAAGAAGCCACGAAAAGUCACCAACAUUUUCCCUUCGAGCCUCUACACGAAUCUCCUCCCGCCGCACCCACCUUCUGGGACUGUCAGAGGGAAAAAUGCCGCGGAAUCGUACCAAGCUGCUGCAGACGAGUGUCGCGCUCGCGUCAAACGGAUCGUUCGGGAAUGCCAGCGCACGAACGAGAAGUACACCGACCCGGACUUCGAUAUCGAGAGUGACUGGAGGACAAAGAACUGCCUCGAAGGUCUGAUGUACUGGUACAACGAUGCACAGGGGCAAAGGGCGACCGUGAGUCCUUGGAGGCUAAGCAAUGCGCUAGCCACCCUCGUGGAGAGCAAUCUGCUCGUUGCUCCUACAAUGGCCAUAGAUCUCAACGCGGCCUCAAAGAUCCUCGAUUUCGAAGAAUCAAGUGACGGCGGCGGCCCGGGCUCUGUGCACCGAAUUGAUUGGAUCUUCGAGAAACCGUCUUUCACGGUGGACGGCUUUUCAAGCUCCGACGUGAAGCAAGGAGCCAACGGUGACUGUUGGUUCAUUGCGGCGAUAGCAACCAUCUGUAGCGAUCUGAGCCUCAUGAACAAAAUUUGUGUCGAAAGGAAUGAAGAUUGCGGCGUGUACGGGUUCGUUUUCUACAGGGACGGAGAAUGGAUCUGGACGGUGGUGGACGACAAUCUCUAUCUCCGCUCCAGGGAUUUUGACGCCCUUGGUGACAACUACGACCCGAAGGGUGUCAAGGAGAGGAAACAUAAGAAGAACUACCAAACAGGCUCCGACGCACUGUAUUUCGCUUCUUGCGCUGAUCAGAACGAGACCUGGUUACCGUUGCUCGAGAAGGCAUACGCCAAGGUACAUGGUGAUUACGAUGCCAUCAGCGGCGGAAUCAGUGGUGAAGCCGUUGAAGACCUUACGGGAGGGGUUACCACGAAAGUUUUGACGAACCGAAUCUUAAGCAAAGAGCGGCUCUGGAAGGAGCUGCUGGAGGUCAACAAGCAGUUCCUAUUCUCUGCCUCAUCUCCAGGCUCCUAUGGCGAUGAUUCGGACGCAAGACAGGGUCUUGCUCUCAACCAUGCUUACUCGGUCCUCAAGGCCGUCGAAGAAAAGGACGAGGAUGGGGAGAGCCACAAAUUGGUCCUGAUAAGGAAUCCAUGGGGCGAACGAGCUUCCGCCAGUAUGGGCGAAUGGAAUGGUCCUUGGAGCGAUGGCUCCAAGGAAUGGACGCCGUAUUGGAUGAAGAAGCUAGACUACCGCUUUGAUGACGAUGGUGUCUUCUGGAUGUCAUAUGAUGAUCUGUGCAAACGCUUCGAAUUGCUCGACCGCACCCGUCUCUUCAAUCAGGACUGGACUGUCGUACAGCGUUGGACGAGUGUGAGUGUAGCUUGGGUGACCGGCUACCUCAGCACGAAAUUCGUGGUUGAGAUUAAGAAAGCCGGCCCCACGGUUUUUGUGCUAUUCCAGCUUGACGACCGCUAUUUCCGCGGCCUUGAGGGCAAAUACAGCUUUGAUCUGCACUUCCUGCUGCAAGAGGAGAACGCGCCGGCCGGGGAUCACAUUGUUCGUGCUCGAGGUGCAUGGUUCGGAAACCGCAGUAUCUCCGCCGAAGUCGAUCUCGAGCCUGGCAAGUACGAGGUCGUUCCGAAGAUCGUGGCAUCUCGCGAUCCCGACGCCGCGGAGGUGUACGACGUAGUGACGAAGAUCGCGGACCGCAAUCCACAGAAAUUGAGGCAGAUUGGAAUGAAUUACGACAUUGCUAAUUCCAAGGGGGUUGUCGAAGUAAGCCCAGAGGAGAAAAAGAAGAAGGAGCAGAAGAAGAAAGAUGCACAGGAGAAGAAGCGGAAAGAGAAAGAGGACGCCGAGAAGGAGAAGGCUGAAUUCGAAGUCUGGAAGAAGGAAAAGCGGGAGCGCGAGGAGAAGGAAAAGGCUGAAAAGGCUGAGAAAGAGAAGGCUGACAAGGAGCAGGUGGAAAAGGAGAAUGCUAAAGAAAACGCCGAGGAACACCUUUCUUCGAAGGAGACUGAAGAAGUGAAGGAAAGCGCGACCGAGGCUUCGAAUGAGGACAAGGGGCCUGGGGGUGCUUCUGGGCACGAUAGCAAAAUGGAGCCCGGUUCCAAGGAUGACGGAGCGUCAAGCAACGAGGUGGCCCAAGACACACCGCUGUCCGACGACUCCCAAGACCCGAAGCCCGUCGCGCUUCGUCCGCCUCCCUCCGGCUACGGUGGCUCAGGACCGCCCUCUCCAACGUUCGGGGCGGCUCCUCGUCGAUACUACGCCGCCAGUGACGCCGGAGCUGCACCUCCGCCACCACCCAAGGCAGCAGCAGAGAAUAAGCAGAACCCCUGGAAUGCAGUUUGCGUCCUCGGUCUCCGUGUUUAUAGCAAGGAUCCUGAGGUCAGUAUCAGGCUUAUCAAGCCCAAAGAUGCGGAGGAGGGCGCCGUGUUGGACGCGGAUGGAGCUACACAGGCUGGCGCCACGAUGUGAUGGGGCAUUUUGGAUUUGUCCUGAACAUCAGGGUGGGAAAAUUGGAAAUCCGGCCUAAUGGUACACUGGUGGAUAUAUAAUGAAACAACCUAGAGUAAUCUUUGUUUAGGGCUCUGAAGCCCUUCAGGAUAAGCUAUACCGAGUCGCCAAUUGCAAUCCAGGGUCACUUCAAAUUACUUGAUCCUGUAUACAUGGCUAGGACAAGGUCAGUCUAGGUAUAUUAGCGCGGCUAGUGCUCGUAUUCUAUAUCUUUUCAUUUUCCCUUCCAAGAG